AUGACCAAAGGAGACCUGCUGAUCAAGUCCAAGGAACCCCUCGAGAUAGAGAAACUCGCUGAUCUUCGCAAAAAUUUCAAAAUGGUUUUGGUUGUGAGGAUUGAUCUUAAAAUGGGUAAAGGGAAGAUUGCAGCGCUCAAUGCAGGUUUAUACAAGAAACUCCUUCAACGGGCGCCAAGAGCCUUGAACAGAUGGGAAUAUUGUGCUCAGGGAAAAGUUGUUGUCAAAAUCGAAAGUGAGGAAGAGAUGCUAGUUUUGCAAGAAAGAGCAAAGUCCCUUAAACUGCCAACCCAUAUCACCAUUGCUGCCGGAAAAACACAGAUCGCUCCAAGACCGGUUGAUAAUUUUGAUGUAACAGGUGGACUAAAGCUUAUGUAA